AUGACAAUUAUGCUCAGAGCAUUAUUUUUGUUUCUUUUUUUAAUAUUCUCAUCUCAAUCAGCACAUUCAUACCAAGGUGCUUUAAAUCGUUUGACCAGACAUCUGUUAGCACAACAUGAUAAAAAUGCACCACCAGAUGGUGCCGUUAUUGUAACCCAUGAAAUGGAGCUUGUUCACAUUCUCAACAUUGAUGAGUUGAAGCAAAGUAUGAGAGUAUUAGUAUAUAUAGUAGAGGAAUGGACUGAUCCUUCACUUAGUUGGGAUCCUGCCAGCUUUUCUGGUGUCAAUAUCACUUGGCUACCUGAGCAUUCUAUUUGGGUGCCUGACAUUCUCGUUUUCAAUAUGCUGGAUCACCAGGAUCUUUUGCAUAGCGUUCGAUCACCAAUCAAAGUUUAUCAUACGGGUCGAGUAUGGUUCUCAUAUCCAGCCAUAUACUCAGUCAUGUGCACAAUCGGUGUUGCGAAGUUUCCUUUUGAUGAUCAAACUUGUCGGCUGAGGAUAGCUUCCUGGGGUUAUCCGGAAGGAAAGCUUUACAUCAACGCAACCCGAAUGCCAUAUCUAACUCACUACUCUCCCAAUGAAGAAUGGGCUCUCCAGAGUGUGAAUAUAUCGUCAAGACAUUAUGAACAUGAGGGAACAAUUGUGAGCGAAGCGUGCUACCUUGUUUCUGUGAGCAGAAAGCCUUUCUACUACUUGGUCUCAUUGGUUAUACCCACUUAUAUAAUUUGCAUGCUCUCUGUAUCAGGAUUAUUCGCUCGCUUCUCUACUCGACAUGAAAGACAGGAGAGAUUUACUCUAGGAGUUACGUCUAUUCUCAGUAUGGCUGUUCUUUCUGUUGUCGUAACAGAAAAAGUCCCACAUAGUUCCGAAGAGGUUCCUCUAUUAGUUACAUAUUUCCACUUCAAUAUGGUCAUAGUAACAAUAGCUACGAUCUUGACAUCUUCUGUUAUGCGCGUCGACACCAAAGGCUAUACGCAUGAUAAAAGUCCUCCCAGGUGGAUAACUUCAAUACUGUUGAUCAGGACUCAUCGUUGGAAUAGAACGCAACAAGCGAAUAAUGGGGAAAUCGCUACAAAAAGGCAAGUGCGACAUUUGCUGGCAAAGCAAUGGGGAGAGGUUUCGAGAAGAAUGGAUUACGGUCUAUUAUUAGUAUUCCUAUUGUUCAUAUCUGCACCUACUGUCUAUCUGUUUUAUCUUUGUGCCGUUAUGGAUAAUAUGACUCCUGAAAGGGUUUUGCUUGAAACACGAACUUGA